AUGGACCGAGCCUCCCAUCGUCCGCGGCACCACGCCAGAGGUAAGGGCCUUUCUUCGGUGCCAGCGGGGCGAAGCACUUGCCGCCAUCGACGGGAAGGAAUUCGGAUGCCUGCCAGAGAUACUUCAGCUCUCGUUGGCGUUUGGCAAUGUUGGGGCCAGAGGGACGUGCAGCAGAUGGGCCGCGCGGAGAUCUUGCAGGAGCUAGCGGUGUUCAACGGUUCUAUACGGUUUCUUCCGCUGGACAAAUCCAUCCUGGCCUUGUUUACAGCGUUUGCGAAGCAGCGUCCACUUUCCGAAGAAUUCCAGCCGGGAGUGGCAGAGGAGUAUGAGGAAGGGUCUCUGAGGCCUCUGCAGCUGAUCGGCCAGAUGCUUCAAGUUCUCGUUCUUGGUUCUUUGCUCUUCAUCGCGUUGCUGGCAUCCUUGGCCGAAUCCUUGGCCAGAAGGUGCUUCCUGGGUGAGGCCGCAAGUUCGGCCCGUCAGCAAAGCUCUGUCCGUAGAUUCGCCGAGAAAGCCUCGAGGCGUGGACCAAGGGCCCUUGUGCACCAUCCCGAGGGCCAUAACUGGAUCGGCGGUUUGGACAUGAUUUGGACUUCUCCCCCGAUGGUGCGACGGGUUAAGCCACAUCUGCAGCAGAUAUGCGAAGUCAAGACCGGCGAUCGCCUGGUGUCCGUGGGUGACGAGCCGACAGAGUCUUUGGAGCGUGAAGAGGUGCUGAAACUUCUCUCCGGCCGCCCUUCCGGGCUCAACUUCAUGAGUGGAGAGAG